AUGCAGGCUAAAGAAGGUACUAUCAUCAUUUAUGGAAUCUUGGUCCGAGCAAUCAGUUACACCGUGCACGGUCUGAUACCAGCGUCGUGCGUAUUCGCCGACCGGUACAACAGGGAGGAGGUGGUCCGAUCAUUGGGCAAGGAAGUGAACAUCAACCCCCCGCUGAUGUUGGGCCAGUUGCCUGACACGCCCGAGGAAUUGCUCAAGUUAGAUCAGACAAAACGAGCCGUUCAGUGUGAAGCUAGGUUGACUUCUGAGCUGAUUAAGAAGCUUCGUCUGCUCGACCUGGCUGCGGUUGCAGAAGUGAGGCCUCGGUGGUGA